AAGUAGGAUGGCCAAAAAUGGUUGAAGAAUGCAGAGUGAAUAGAUAGAUAGCAUUGAUGGUUAGUUAGUUAUUAGAGAAACGCUAAGAAGAAGGAGAAGGAGUGAGUGACGAACGAUGGCUCCUCUUGGCAUUUCCACUCUCUAUUUACUCUCUUACAACUCUCUUCAGGCCAUUGGAUGGACGGUUUCGUUGACGAAAAUUGUGUUCAAUCUUGUCUCCACUGCCUCCAUCAAUGGCACUUAUGCUUCUGCCGGCCAAUUAAUAAUUUUUCUGCAAUGUGCUGCAUUCUUGGAAGUUAUACACGGAGCCAUUGGCCUUGUGCCGAGUGGAGUGUUGCUUCCUCUGAUGCAAUGGGGAGGAAGGACUCAUUUUGUGCUUGCCCUUGUUGCUAAACUUGAUGAGGUCCAGGAGUUAACUUCAAUUUUUAUUACUUUUCUUGCAUGGAGCAUCAGUGAGGUCAUUAGAUAUUCACAUUAUGCUUUCAGUUGCUUGGGAAAUUGUCCUUCUUGGAUCACAUAUCUCAGGUACACUGCAUUCAUUGUGCUGUAUCCUUUGGGAGUGGGUCCUGGAGAAAUAUGGGCUAUGUACCAGGCGCUUCCAAUUAUAAAGAAGAAGAAUCUCUAUGCAGAUUCCUUUUCAAGCCUCCCAUUUAGUUAUUAUGAUUUCCUUAGGGUUGUGCUUAUAGUUUAUCCAUUCCUCUGGCUCAAACUUUACCUCCAUCUGUUCAAGCAGCGGCGUGCGAAACUUUAUAGACAACAUGACAAGAAAAGAUGAGGAGCCUUACUCCUGGUUUUUUAUAUUUUGUUGAACUUUUGAACUUGUAAUUUUAGUUCCAAAGAAAACUUUCUGUACUUGGCACUGGAGAUGCUCAUUCUGAAACUUAUUGCAUCUGAAGUCUUUCCUUUGAAUGGAUAUUGUGCCAAAUAAUGGAAUUGUAGCUUUCAUUUGCGAUUAAGAUUGUAGGAGAAGGAAGAAAGAUGGUGGUGAUUUGUAAUGGAGUGCCUACAUUUGUAUUGAUGUGUCCAAUGACUUGUAUUGGUUAAUAAUGUGGGUUAGUUAGCUUCUGAAA